AUGUAUUCAAAAGACUGCGAGAUCUGGUAUAAAAACCUGCUCUCUCCAUUUGUAAAUGAGCCGAGACGGUUAAUUAGGCUGGCAGCAGGCGUGAUCCCCAGAUUUAGGAACCCGCCGCAGGUGGCGGCGGCGGCGGCGUCGGCGCCCGGCCCAGGCGAGGUGCGUGCGCGAGCGCGCGAGGCUUCAGUUUCGCUCCUGCCCCACUACCGGCGGCCGGAGCUGUCGGUUUCUUUUUCUGAGCCGCUGCUGCGGCUGUCCCCGUCGUUUGGAGUGGACGCUGCCGCCGCCGCCGCCGCCGCCGCCGCUAGUGCGGGCCGCCCGCCUGUGGUCGGCUUUGUGAUCCCAGUGGCGAAGAAUGACCUCAUUAAUCGCUUGAUGGGUAUCGCGGUCGGCGGGAGAAGAGAUUUUCCACGGUUGGAGUCUCAAAGAGUGACGACUGUGGUCGCCUUCAGUAUAAGUCAGACCAGAGCUGGACCGGCCUGCGACUGGCCGCGGCAGCGACUGUACGCGGUGUUUCCCCGCCCGGGGUCAUCACUCAGGCGGGCCGCUCAUAUUAUAAUGGCUAUUACCGUAAUGAAAGCGCGCUCCCACGCGCCGGCCAGCGGACAGUGGACGGCGGCGGCGGCGGCGGCGGCGGCGAGACACAGUACGGUACGGCGAGCCACGGCCGCGGCGGCCGGCGCGCUUGCCAAAUUACGCCCCGGCCCGCCGGCCGCCCACCUGGCUGCGGCCGCUGCCCUCGUCGCUCGCGACGGCCCGGGGCCGGGCGACAAUUGGCGGCCCGCGGCGGGCCGCCCGCCGCCGCCUGUGAUCAGGGCGCCGUAA